GCCAUGCUCAGAUAUCCUUCCACGAUCUUCACAUGCGCUCGGAAGGAUGGCGCAUUCCUCAAUUCUCCAUCUUAAGCCGACGGAGGCCGUUGCGACCGUACUACGAUUCCCACCGCCCCUACAGCAUGCAGCGAUACUCCACAGAACGAGUGCUGGCCGACGCACUUUUCGGACAAGUCUUGCUGUGCCACGACAAGGUGACCGGCGACCUAGUCGCGAUCAAACGGAUGAACGUCGAGGCGGCCGCAGCAAAAACCAUGAUCCAUGCCGCGUCCGUCCAAGUAUUGGAAGACAUUGCGUUUGAGAAGCACGUCCAUCGAGCGUUGAGCGCUGAUGGCGGCCACAGCAACAUCCUUCGCAUGCGCAGUUGCUUCGUCGAAGACGGCUACGAUCACUUUGUGCUGGACUAUUGCGUUGGCGGCGAGCUGUUUGACCUCAUGGACUCGAUGCCAAACCAGCGCUUGGACAUGAAGACAGCGCGACGGUACUUUCGCCAAAUCCUCCACGGCGUACAGUUCAUGCAUGGCCGGGGGUUUGCUCACCGCGACCUGUCUCUGGAGAAUGUCCUCGUCGAUGAGAAAGACAACUGCUACAUUUGCGACUUUGGUUUGGCGGCGUUUGCGUCGGCUCCCGCGCGAGAGACCGUCGGUAAAGCGUUCUACAUGGCGCCGGAAGUUGCCGUUGUCCGUGGCUCGUACGACCCCGUCAAGGCAGACAUGUGGUCCCUGGGCAUCAUGCUGUUCAUGAUGCUGACGGGGUCUCCACUGGUGGAGAUGGCAUCCAACAAAGAUAGUCGAUACCGCUACCUUCAAGCGCAAGGCCUCCCGCGACUUGUCGACGCAUGGCGAGUGGGGCACGCCGUGCAUGGAGACGCGCUGGACUUGUUGCAACGCAUGUUAGUCCGUGAUCCGGCAAGUCGUUUGUCACUUCAAGCCGUUCUCGACCACCCAUUUGUGGCCGAGCCAGUUGUGCCGCAAUCGUCCCUUAGCCAGUGUCUCGGUGGGUUUUUCAAAAAGUCGCGGCGACAUGCCCUCGACGUGUACUCGACCGCCAUGAUGUAGAUGGCACCUCGAUGUCGUGCUUGUGCUGAUGUAGCUGUGUUCUAUUUAACAACGUGCGGUUGUCGACGUGCA